UUCUUCAAAUGAUGUUGCACUAAGAAAAUUGAAGGGGCACUUGUUGGAAAAGGAUAAUAUAGUUCCACUAAAUGGUGAAAUGUUUCAUAUGAGGUGUUCGGCCCAUAUCUUGAAUCUCAUAGUAAGUGAUGGUUUGAAAGAGUUAAAUGAAGCAAUUUCAAGUAUUCGAAAUGCGGUGAGAUAUGUGAGGUCAUCUCCAGCUAGACUGAAAAGGUUUAAAGAAAGUUGUACAGAUGUAAACAUUGAAUCAAAAGCCUUGUUAUGCUUGGAUGUAGUUACUAGAUGGAACUCUACCUACAUGAUGUUAGAAGCGGCUAUAAAAUUCAAGAAGGCUUUUGACAAUUUAGAAGGAGAUGCGAAUUACACAAGGUACUUUGAUGAAGAAAGAAUGACUGGCCCGCCAAGUAAUCUAGACUGGGAAAAAGCAGGAAUAUUUGUCAACUUUUUGAAAAGAUUCUAUGAUCUUACUAAUCGAUUUAGUGGAUCAUUAUAUGUCACAUCCAAUUUAUUCCUUCCGGAUAUUUUGAAAGUUCAGGUUGAUUUGACUACUAUGGCUUCUAAUCCUGAUACUUUAUUAGGAACUAUGGCAAUUAGUAUGAAGCGAAAAUACGAUAAAUAUUGGGGAAGGAUUGAAAAGCUGAAUAUGUUGACAUUUAUUGCCAAUAUCCUUGAUCCGAGGUAUAAAUUAGAGGUUGUGAAUCGAGGUUUCAGAUUUGUGUACAAUCCAAGUGAGGCUGACAAAAUGAUAAAGAUGGUCACCAAUACAUUGGCACAGUUGUAUGCAUUUUAUAAGCAACAACAAACAACUCAGCCAUCCGAAGCUCAACAAUCACAAGCUCCACCAUCUCAAUCUAAGUCUCAGGUAUCUCAACCAUCUCAGCCUAUUAUUAGUGCAACUACGGAAUCAUUUCUUCUUGGGCAGCUACAACUUAGUGAUGACGUUGAAGAAGAUGAUCUCGAAUACUACUUGAAUGAUCGUCGUGAGAAGCUUGAUCCUGCAUUUGAUAUUCUCCAAUGGUGGAAACAAAAUGGAUUUAAAUAUCCAAUUGUUGCUCGUAUGGCAAAAGAAGUCUUGGCUGUUCAGAUGUCUACAGUAGCAUCUGAAUCUGCUUUUUCUACAGGUGGAAGAAUCCUAGAUGCAUUUAGGAGUUCUUUAUCUCCGAGGAUGGUGGAAGCUUUGAUUUGUUCUAAGAACUGGUAUACUUGUGAGUAUGAGGAACCUAUUGUACUUCGUCAAUACAUGGACGAAAUUGAAGGUUUAGAGACAAGUGAACAAGUUAUUCCAGGUGAUGGAUCAUGUAUUACUAUUAAUGAGAAUAUUGAAAAUGUCUCUGGAAGUGGAAGUGGGACAGAGAAAAUCAACUAAAAUCUCAAGGUGGUGAUCAUGGACCAUGGUUGCUUUGCUUGUUGGAUUGGACUCUAUUUUGAUAUCUAUUGCUUUAAUGUAUUUCAUUUGUUUGGUUGUGGAAUAAUGUAUUUGAUGUGGACUUAUAUUUGAUUUGUGUUUUAGAUUUAGACUUUAGACUUUUAACUACAUAUUUUAAUUUAUAUGGUUGCACUUAUAAUAUGUAGAAUCAUGUGUUUACAAUUGGUUUUUGAACAAAUAAUUUGCAUGAUUGUGGUAUUUUUUUUUUUAAAGAAAGUGUCUAUAUGGUUGUAGCUUUAGAUUUAAGAAUAAUGGGUUUAUGGAAUAAAUUGGACUAUAUUUUUCAGCAAAAAAAAAAAAGUCGGUUU